GAAAAUAUAGUGUAAAUGGAGCUGGAGAUAAUUAAUGAUGAUCUUCCUUAACGAGUACCACCCACUUUCUCCUUGAAUUAAUGAAUUGGGAUCCGAGCAACUUGCCGUUAUGAGUUCGAAGAUGACGGCGUCGGACACAAAUGGGGAUACAAAUUUCGAAACGUUGCAUUUCGAGCUGCAAGAAUUUAAUGACAGCGGGACAAACGCUACUUUAAAGUUUGAUCAGGCCUCGGAGAUCUUGCAAAGAUUUUAUGAUGACUUGAACAAGGAGACCAAUUACUUCCUCAUUACCCUCUACGUGCCGAUUAUCGUCUUAGCCGUCACCGCCAACAUUCUCGUUGUCGUCGUCGUCUACAAAUACCAUUACAUGAGAAGUCCCAUCAACUACUUCGUGGUGAAUCUGUCGGUGGCGGAUCUUCUGGUUACCAUGAUCUGCAUGCCCAUGGCCGUCAGCCAAGCCGUUUCCAUCGUUUGGGUCUACGGAGAAACCAUGUGCAAGUUCUUUUUCUACCUUCAGGGUGUAUCAGUGGCUGCUUCCGUCUUCACAAUUACCGCCAUGAGUAUCGACAGGUAUUUGGCAAUAAGGAGCCCAAUUGCACUCCGAAGGGGGUGCAAUCGGAAGUGCGCCAUUUUGGUAAUCGCUGGCCUGUGGAUGGUAGCACUCGGCAUCUUCACGCCGCUUCUCAGGGCGGUAACCCUCCACAGUCCCAUCACAGACCUUGGUAACAUAACUUUGGUUGGCAAAGAGGAAGUCAAAACACCUCCACCUUUCUAUGUCUGUUCGGAAGACUUCAAACCCGUUGGUAUACAACCUCCGAUUUUUGGGACGUUCUGUUUCGUUCUCGUCUAUGCAGUGCCUGGAUUUAUCGUGGUACUUGCUUACUCGAUGAUGGGCCGAACUUUAUGCGCCCGAAAGCCGCCAUUCGAUAGUGACAGCAUCAAGGGUAGUGCUAGCUCGCAGCAAGGCUUCAAAUUAGUUCGAGAAAGGAGACGAGUAGCGUGGGUCCUGCUUCUGUUAGCGGUCCUCUUCGCCCUUUGUUGGCUGCCCUACAACGUUCUUCAACUACUUAUCGAUCUUGAAGUAUUCGGCAACGGAAGCGAUAUAUCGAACUUGGUGUCCUAUUGUCUGUUCCUGGGUCAUGCGAACAGUGCUCUCAAUCCAAUGGUGUAUUGUUUCAUGACACGUAACUUUCGGGAAAGUGUAUCAGAAAUUCUCUGUCGUACUCCCCACGGUUUGACACGUCGCAAGCCACAUCGUAAAACUGUGGGUGCUACCGAGGACGAUUGCGUCGGCUUCAACAUGGAACAGGGGAACCUCGUGAUGGGUCGCGAAGGUGCAACGCCUUUGCGAGUCCACGCUGUAACCGCGCUGCAGCGAACUGCAACAUCGAGCAGCAGUUAUGACAGCUUUUGCAAACGCUACCCACAACGGAAGUCCAUACCUCAACCCUUGCCCAAUGACCAACCCAAAUGCUCGGUGCAGCGGAAUAACGUCCUGCAGUCUGCACUUGAUCGACCGGCUCAUCAAGCGAGUAGCAUUACCACUCCUCUUCAGGAGCACACUUACGUACAUCUGACACUAGCGGAAGAACAACGUUGAUACCUUACGUAAUCAACCCAUGGCUGACGGUUCUCGUGGAUAUGGAACUCCCUCGUCUUACCGGCAAGCAUAUCUUUUCCAGGCGCAUGUUAUAAAAACUAUAUGAUCAGUACUGAAGUACCAAAAGAUGAUCAUUUGAAAUAUCGACCUAAUUAUUUAUUACUGCUGACGGUGGAGGCCUUAUACAAUGCAUUCUCAACAGGAAUAACCAUCAACCUUUCAUCGACGGCAAAGAAUUUCAGGCAAAUAGAUUUAGAUAGUCGUAUGUAUGUACAUGUAAAUAGCGAACAAGUACUUUAACAGAAAUAAUCACCACCGCUAAGUUG